UUUUAGACACAAAGUUUACUCCUUCCGAUAAUAUAUUCCUUUAUCAUAAAACCACCAAUAGGAAGAUAUAUGAUGAUGCUCGUCAACAUGUGCACUUAGAUCUGAUCCCGGGACCCAACAACAAAGACGAUAUAUUUGACGUAUUAAUGUAUAACGAAAGAAAUGAAAUUACUGAAUGUUCUAUUUCUAAUAUUGCUGUUGAAUUUUUCGAUAAUAAUGGUAAAUUAUUUUGGAAAACCCCGGAAAUUGAAUGUGGAUUACUAUCUGGUGUAAUGAGGUCGUACCUUAUUGAAAAUGGCGAUAUCAUUCCUGGUGUAAUUACUAUCAAAGAGCUAAAGACUGCACAACAG